GCGGGAGGGGAGUGGCAUGUCCGCGAGCUUGGGAAGGAGGGACGCGUGGGCAGGCUGGGGCAACCGUGCCGCUCCACCCCCGGCCUCUGCGCGCAGAGCCCAGGAGGCCUGGGGUUUGCAGGCACCGGGGAGCGCGCAGAGCGAGAGAGGGAAGCCGGGGCGCACCAGGGUACCUGAGCCGGGCCAUGGACGUGUACCACACCCCCGCCGCCGCGCUGGACAGCCUGGUGGCCCGCAACCUGCUGCCGUCCUCCGAGUUCCUGGCGGCUGCGCGGCGCGCCCUGGGCGACCUGGCAGCCUCCCUGCGUGAGCGCGGGGGCCGCACGGCUGCCCAGCCUUGGAGGGUGCUGAAAAUCGCCAAGGGAGGCUCCGAAGGCCGGGGCACAGCUCUGAGCGGUGGCUGCGACUCCGAACUUGUCCUCUCCCUCACCUGCUUCAAGAGCUUUGAGGAUCAGCGUGUUCGCCGGGCAGAGAUCCUCAGCGAGCUGCAGACCUUGCUACAAUCCUGGUGGCAGAAACCCAUCCACGGCCUGAGCUUCGAGUUUCCUCGGCAGGACAGGCCCGGGGUCCUACGGUUCCGCCUGGCAUCCCUGGACCUUAAACACUGGAUGGAUGUCAGCUUGGUGCCGGCCUUUGACGCUCUGGGGCCACUCAAUUCCAACGUCAAAGUCAAACCCGUGCCCCAGGUCUACUCGACCCUCCUCAACAGUGGCUGCCAGGGCGGCGAGCAUGCGGCCUGCUUCUCAGAGCUGCGGAGGAACUUUGUGAACACUCGCCCGGCCAAGGUGAAGAACCUGAUCCUGCUGGUGAAGCACUGGUACCGCCAGGUGUGCCGGGAGGAGGCGAGGAGAGAGGUGCUGCCUCCAGCCUAUGCCCUGGAGCUGCUGACCAUCUUCGCCUGGGAGCAGGGCUGCGGGAAGAAUGCCUUCAGCCUGGCCCAAGGCCUGCGGACGGUGCUGGGUCUGAUCCAGCAGUAUCGGCACCUGUGUAUCUUCUGGACUAUGCACUAUGGCUUUGAGGAUGCUGCGGUCAGCUGCUUCUUGAGGCAGCAGCUCGAGAGACCCAGGCCUGUGAUCCUGGACCCAGCUGACCCCACGUGGGAUGUGGGGAACGGUGCAGCCUGGCGCUGGGAUAUACUGGCCCAGGAGGCAGGGUCCUGCUACGAGCGCCCGUGCUUUCUGCAGGCGGCAGGGGGCGCCGUGCAGCCCUGGAAGGGGCCUGGCCUUCCAUGUGCUGGGGCCGCACCCCACCCCAUCCAGCAAGACUCUGCCCAGAGGCCCCCUGAGAAGAACCACAGUCUCCACGCUGUGUGCCCCAGGACAGAGGGCAGGCGGCCCUCAGGCCCAGCUCCUGGCCCCUCGGGGGCAGCCAGCAUCAUCCCUUCCACGCGGGGGACGGCUUCGGAUCUGUCCCAGAUUGCUGCCAAGGAUCUGGACCGCUUCGUCCAGGACCACCUGAAACCAAACCCCCAGUUCCAGAAGCAGGUCAGCAAGGCCAUCGAUGUCAUCUUGAGUCGCCUUCGUGAGAAGUGUGUCUACAAGGCCUCGAGAGUCAGUAAGGGGGGCUCCUUUGGCCGGGGCACAGACCUGAGGGGUGGCUGCGAUGCCGAACUUGUCAUUUUCUUCAACUGCUUCAACGACUACAAGGACCAAAGCACCUGCCGCCCACAGAUCCUUAGUGAGAUGCGGGCACAGCUGGAAUCUGGGUGGCAGGACCCAGUCCCUGGCCUGAGCCUCCAGUUUCCUGAGCAGACCGUGCCUGGGGCUUUGCAGUUCCACCUGGUGUCCACGGCCCUAGAAAGCUGGAUGGAUGUGACCAUGCUGCCCGUCUUUGACGCCGUGGGGCAGCUCUGCUCUGGCGCCAAACCCGCGCCCCAGGUCUACUCGACCCUCCUCAACAGCAGCUGCCAGGGCGGCGAGCACGCGGCCUGCUUCUCAGAGCUGCGGAGGAACUUUGUGAACACUCGGCCGGCCAAGCUGAAGAACCUGAUCCUGCUGGUGAAGCACUGGUACCAUCAGGUGGCAGCUCAGAACAAAGGACAGCAGCCAGCCCUUGCCUCUCUGCCCCCAGUCUAUGCCCUGGAGCUCCUGACCAUCUUCGCCUGGGAGCAAGGCUGCGGGAAAGAUUCUUUCAAAACGGCCGAAGGCCUAAAGACCGUCCUAGGACUUGUCCAGCAGCACCAGCAGCUCUGUGUCUACUGGACGGUCAACUAUAGCUUUGAGGACCCGGCUAUCAGAACACACCUUCUUGGCCAGCUUCAGAAAAAGAGGCCCCUGGUCCUGGAUCCUGCCGACCCCACCUGGAAUGUGGGCCAGGGCAGCUGGGAGCUGUUGGCCCAGGAAGCAGCAGCUCUGGAGACACGGGUUUGCUUUAGGAGUGGAAAAGGGACAUCUGUGCAGCCCUGGGAUGUGAUGCCUGCUCUCCUUUACCAAACCCCAGCUGGGGACCUUGACAAGUACAUCAGUGAAUUUCUCCAGCCGAACCGCCAGUUCUUGGCUCAGGUGAACAAGGCUGUCGAUGCCAUCUGCUCAUUCCUGAGGGAAAACUGCUUCCGGAAUUCUGCCAUCAAAGUGCUCAAGGUGGUCAAGGGUGGCUCUUUAGCCAAAGGCACGGCUCUGCGAGGCCGCUCGGAUGCGGAUCUAGUGGUAUUCCUCAACUGCUUCAGCCAGUUCACCGAGCAGGGCACCAAGCGGACUGAGGUCAUCUCAGAGAUCCGAGCCCAGCUGGAGGCAUGUCAGCAGGAGAUGCAGUUCGAGGUGAAGUUCGAGAUCCCCAAGUGGGAGAAUCCCCGCGUGCUGAGCUUCUCCUUGAGGUCCCAGACGAUGCUGGAUCAGAGUGUGGACUUUGAUGUGCUGCCAGCCUUUGAUGCCUUAGGCCAGCUGGGCCCCGGCUACAGGCCCCCAUCUCAAGUCUACGUCGACCUCAUCCACAGCUACAACCACGCGGGCGAGUUCUCCACCUGCUUCACGGAGCUGCAGCGGAACUUUAUCAUCUCUCGGCCCACCAAGCUCAAGAGUCUGAUCCGACUGGUGAAAUACUGGUACCGGCAGUGCAACAAGAUGCCCAAGGGGAGAGGCUCCCUGCCCCCCCCCCAGCACGGGCUGGAGCUCCUGACGGUGUACGCCUGGGAGCAGGGCGGUCGGGACCCCCAGUUCAACAUGGCCCAGGGCUUCCGCACUGUCCUAGAGCUGGUCAGCCAGGACCACCAACUCUGUGUCUACUGGACCGUCAACUACAACGACGAGGACAAGAUUGUCAGAGACUUCCUGAACCGGCAGCUUCGGCAGCCCAGGCCCAUCAUCCUGGAUCCGGCUGACCCGACAGGCAAUCUCAGCCACAAUGCCCGCUGGGACCUGCUGGCCGAGGAAGCCGCUGCCUGCAUGUCUGCCCUGUGCUGCGUGAGCAGGGACGGCACCCCCAUCCGACCAUGGCCAGUGAAGAAAUCUCAACAAGGAAGUCAGCUGGGAGCAUUCUGUGAGUUUCGGUUUCUCGCCCCGGUCAUUUGCAGUUUCCUGGUUCUCAAUUGUGAGUUUUGGUUUCCUGUCUGCAGGCAAGGGAGUGGCUCCUUCUCCUCUCGCUUCCAUCCCCCGACACCACGGCAGCCAGCGGGAGCAAUGGGCAUCUGGGGGUCGCAUCUGUAUUCCGUGCAGCCUGAGAAGCUGGACGAGCUGAUUGAGAACUCCCUGAGGCCCUAUGAAGAGUGCCAGAGACAGAUCCAUGACACGGUGAACGCCAUCUGUGCCAUCCUGCAGGAAACGGAGCAGAUGCCCCCCACGAUAAGUGUGGUCAAAGGCGGCUCCUAUGGCAGGGAAACCAUGUUGAGGGGCAACUCCGAUGGGACGAUUGUCAUCUUUGUCAGUGACUUUGAACAGUUCCAGGAUCAGGAAAAAAAACGAGAUGAAAUCCUCACCAAGCUCUGGCUGUGUCUGACAGAGUUUCAGUUCACCAGGAAGAUGCCAGCCAAAAUGGAGGUCCAGAAGUCCCCCAGUGGGCUCACCUUCCAGCUGUCCACAAGAUCGCAGAACAUCACGUUCAAGGUGCUGCCUGCUUACAACGCUCUGGGCUUGAGCGAGAAGCCCACCCCCCAGACCUACCGAGAGCUCAGAAGAGCCCUGGACAUGACCAAAGCCCACCCUGGCGAAUUCUCCGUCUGCUUCGCCGAGCUCCAGCAGAGGUUUUUUCACAACCAUCCGAGAAAGCUGAAGGAUUUGAUCCUCUUGGUAAAGUACUGGUACCAACAGUGCCAGGAGAGGCUGAAAGGUCUGUCCCAUCUGCUCGUGUAUGCCUUGGAGCUGCUCACGGUCUAUGCCUGGGAACAGGGGUGCAGAGCAGAAAACUUUGACAUGGCAGAAGCCAUCCGAACUGUCCUGGGGCUAAUCACACAGCAGGAGCAACUGUGCAUCUAUUGGAUGGUCAACUACAACUUUGAGAAUGAGACAGUCCGGAACAUUCUGCUGAGCCAGCUGAGGUCACCCAGGCCGGUAAUCUUGGAUCCAGCCGACCCAACCAAUAACGUGAGCAAAGAGAAGGCAUGUUGGCAACUCUUAAAGCAAGAAGCUUGGAGCUGGUUGUCUUCUCUCAGCCCCGGUCAGUCACCUGGACCAUCAUGGAAUGUUCUGCCGGUGCCGCUGUUCGCCACCCCAGGCCAUCAUCUAGACAAGUUUAUCAAGGACUUUCUCCAGCCCAACAGACAGUUCCUAGACCAGAUCACCGAAGCUGUUAAAUUCAUCCGUGAAUUCCUUCAAAAAAAUUGCUUUAGCCAUUCAAGGACGAAGGUCCAGAAGAUUGUGGAGGGAGGGUCGACAGGCAAAGGCACAGCUCUGAAGACUGGCUCCGAUGCUGACCUCGUUGUGUUCACAGACUCGCUUAAAAGCUACACCUCCCAAAAAAACGAGAGAUGCCGUAUCAUCAAGGAAAUCCACACACAGCUAGUAGCCUGUCAGCGGGAGAAAGAAUUCGAAGUAAAGUUUGAGAUUUCAAAAUGGAAGGCUCCCAGGGUGCUGAGUUUCUCUCUGAAAUCCAAAGUGCUCAACGAAAGCGUGAACUUUGAUGUCCUGCCUGCAUUUAAUGCCCUAGGUCAACUGAAUUCUGACUCCCCACCCAGCCCCAAGGUCUACGCUGAUCUCAUCGAUCUGUAUAAAUCGUCAGACACCUUGGACGGAGAAUUUUCCACCUGUUUCACGGAGCUGCAGCGCAAAUUUGUUGUCUCUCGGCCCACUAAACUGAAGGAUCUAAUUCGUCUGGUGAAACACUGGUACAGGCAGUGUGAAAGGAAACUGAAGCAUAAAGGGUCUCUGCCCCCGAAGUAUGCCGUGGAGCUGCUCACCAUCUACUCUUGGGAGCAGGGGAGUGGGGCAGAGAAUUUCGACACCGCGGAAGGUUUCCGGACGGUCCUGGAGUUGAUCACAAAAUAUCGGCAGCUCUGUGUCUUCUGGACAGUCAAUUACAACUUUGAGGAUGAGACUGUGAGGAACUUCCUACUGACCCAGAUCCAGAGGACCAGGCCUGUGAUCUUGGACCCAGCGGACCCCACCGGCGACGUGGGCGGAGGCGACCGAUGGUGCUGGCAUCUCCUAGCAAAAGAAGCUACCGAGUGGUUGUCCUCUUUCUGCUUCACAGAUGGGACUGGAUAUCCUGUGCAAUCGUGGAAAGUGCCAACAGUGCAGACACCAGGCAGCUGUGGCAUGGGGAUUCAGCCUCUGGUCAAUGAGAUGUUCGCCUUCAGAAGUCCUAGAACCAGGAAUGGUAAUGCUAGAAGAGACUUCUGGGGGUCGUCCGGCAGCUGCUUCUUAAAGAAUCCGCUCGCUGUCACCGUGGCCAGAUCCACUCUCCUGCAUCCCUCCUCUCGCUUCUCUGACUCCUCUCGAAACCAAGACCGCCCAGUCCUUCCCAGACCAGCCCGCUGGACUCUCGCUCUGCACGUGACCCGCCUUCCCAGACACACCCGCGCUCACCGAGCUUCACCGGCUCCAUCGUUUUUUGUCAACCACGGCGUGUUUUCCACUUAGCUCCUUGCUUUUCCUUCAAGCCUUAGCAGCGCGAUUUCUCUGUAGUCCCAGAGGGAAGCCCUUUCCCCGCCCCUGGGAUCCUAUAAUUUCGUGAUCUUGCUCUCACCCUCCUCCAUCCUGGCCAACCUCCUGCCUCUUUCCCUCUGCACACCGAUUCCUGUCUACACCUGCUGAGCCGAAGGUCUCCCCAGCAAGUAGCGAGCUGAUGUCUUCUUAGCCCUUAAAACUUUCCAGAAGCUUGGAUUAUAACUGUUGCUUCACAGGCAUAAUAGCCUAUUGACUCCCCCCACACCCCAGCCCACCACGAUGCGUGCCUUCUGGCCGGAUCUCAAGGCUUUAUGCUCUGGCUUUAGCUUCAGAGAUACCUGGAUGUCUGCGUGUUUUAACCUCAAAUAUCCACUUCAAGCUUUACCACCCCGCGUUAUGCCACUACACCAACCAUCACAGAAUGAAGAGGGUGUCCAGUCUUUGUCCCCAGCUCCCAGCCCAGAGCCUCAGGACCCAGGGAAUUUCCCGAUAGGAGAGUCUUUACCACCCCCAAGGAGCCUCGUCCAGCUGUCCCUGAGCUGACACCAAUGGGGUUUAGGGCCUUUGGUGAGAGUUUCCAAGGAGGGACUGGCCAUGCCGGCGAUGCCAGGCAUGUAAUGAGAGGGUAGAAGCUUUCAGUCCCAUCCCCCCAACCUCCCAAGAGCAGACUGAAUUCAAGCACCUGGCUAAUGGUUUAAUUAAUCAUGCCUUUGUAAUGAAACCCCAAUAAAGACUCUGGACAGCAA